AUGCGACAAUUGCCUGAUAACGUAUCCAGCUAUUCCCGGAGCUACGAUGGAACGAUGCUCGCAUUCCUUGUGCGAGGCAAAGUCGUGUACACACUCGGCGGCCACGAAGCACUGGACAAAAUCCGCGCUUACAAGUUCCUCGAGCAGCUCCAUGCCAUCCACGUGCUCGCGGCAACCAAGGACGGAAUUCUCCGCACUGACCUGCUCACCUCUCAGUACAAUCACGCCCUUCAUAAGCUCAGCUCGCAUAUAGGCACGCUCAUAGCUACAAUUGAUUUUAUAGAUUCACCGGAAAGCAGGAGGGUGAGUGAAGGGAGGUCCAGGCUACAGCGAAGGAUGGGGGGUGUAAAUAGGGACGACAGGGAUGGAUGGCUGGGGGAAGAAGAGGGGGGCAUGGGGCUGGGCGUGGAGAUUGGUAUGGGUUUAAGCCUAGAGAGUGAAGAUAGCACAGUGAAGAUGGAGGUAGCUGAUAGCAGCAGUGGUUGCGAUGAAGAUGAUGAGGAGGAGGAUUUUGUGUGGAAUCCACAGCAACAGCUUCAAAAGCAGCAGCAGCAGCAGCAGCAGCAGCAGCAGCAACGUCGGCCGUACUUGGACCGAUUGUCACCGCGGGAACAGCAGCAGGAGCAGCAGGAGCAGCAGGAGCAGGAGCAGCAGGAGUGGCAGGAGCAGCAGGAGCAGGAACGGCAGGAGCAGGAGAAGAACCCUCUCAGCGACGCUGGGGACUCACCCAUGAUCAGCCCACGACCCGAAUGGGCGCGUCAGCUGGCCUUGCUGCGAAACUACACCAGCGAAGCCACAGAUACGGACAGCACAGCACAGAACCAUGGGAAGGGGACGGUCACACGCCCAGGAAGCAAAGCGAAGCAUCCUCUCAAGGAUGUGGAAAAAGGGGAGGUGCGGAAAAGGGGGACGGGGAGGCAAGGACAGGCACAGAAGGGUGCUGGGAAGGGGUUGAAUGGAGGGACAAGGGACCGAAGCCGCAAUGGGACUGUUGCGGGUUCAAGUUCGAAUUUCAGGCGGGCAGGAGGAAAAGGGAGGUCUGUUAGUAGUGGGGGGUCUGGAGGGGCGGGGUCCGGUUCUGAUGAGGAUUUGUCAGGCAACGGACUGCCGGGUAGGGUUGGUUCGUUCCCGAAUCUGUCUCCUUCACGUGUGGUUAAAGCAGCCAGAGCAGCUGCAGCAGCCAGAGAAGCAGGGGCGUCAGGGGCAGUAGGGGUAGCAGGGGCAGCAGGAGGAAAAGACAAGGCUCCUGUCGUUGCUUAUGGACGCUGUAGGUCGUUGUCGUUUGGAGGGAGCAGCAACACGCGCCUGCAGGCUGGUGAUUGUAGUGGUGACGAGGAUGAUUAUACAGAGGAUAGUUUUGACGACGAGGACCAGGUGUUUCCGAGGGAGGAGCUGCCAGGUGGGCAGGGGCAGAGGGCGUCUGAUGGUGCAAAGGGUGGGAGUGGAGAUGUGUCGCACUCGCUCCUUGGUGGGGAAAGAAGUUCCGGUGAUUCGCCUUCCAGCCAAGCAUGGAACUCAGAGGUUGCGAGCAGAUUAGCAGCUGUGAGCGCUCGUGUGCUGGCAGGGAGUGGGGGAGGAGUAGGGGGAGGAGGAUUACAGGGAGGGGCAGCAGGGGGGGGAAGAGUAGGGGGAGGAGGGGCAAGGGGGGGAGGAGCAGCAGAAAGAGCAGGCUUAGUAGGGGCAGGGUUAGUAGGGGCAGAAUCAGGAUUCUCAAGGGGCGGUUCAGGGGAUGAUCUGUUUGACGACAUCUCGGAAGGCGACGAGGAUGAUUCUGACGCGUUUGAGUGGCGCCCAUCUCGUCGCCGCGCUCACAUGCUGCGCAGCGUGGCCCGGUCCACGUCAGCAGUCACCUCUCCCACGUCAGCAAUGGGCUGGACAGGCUGGCGCGAUCUGAGUCAGCAGCAGCAGCAACAGCAGAAGCAGCAGCGGCAGCAGCAGCAGCAGACAGUGCAGGGUCAGACACAUAGACCCCGCCAGAAGAACUCCCAGGAGGAGAAGUUUAGAGAGAGGCCGCACUCAGCAGGGGCAGGCAGAGAGAGCUAUGGGGCGAGAGGAUUGGCAGAACCGUCCUGGUCAACAAGCGCUGCAGGAACAGGAGGAGCAGCAGAAAGAGCAAGAACAGCAGGAGCAGCAGAAAGAGCAAGAACAGCAGGAUCAGCGAGCACAAGGCCUGGUUCAGCUUCGUCUGUUGACAGGGAGAAGGGGAAGGGUGGCAGGAGGAGAGACGAUAAAAGCGGGGCUGCUUCUGCUGCUACAGUGGCUGGUAGAACCGCUGUUCCUGUGUCGGUGUCGCUGGGUGUGACGGGCUCGUCUUUCUCUCUCGGGAAUGGCGUGAUAGUGGUGACGGUGGCAGCAGGCACGGUGGCAGCGGUGACGGUGGCAGGCAUGGUGGUGGCGAUGGUGGAAGCAGAGAGGCAAGAGGAGACAGGCGUAGGGGCAGCGGAACAGGAGCAGGAGCAGGGGCAGGAGGAGGAGCAGGAGGAGCAAGGGCUGGAGGAGGAGGGGGAGGUGGCGAGGAAUGGGAAGAUGAAGGGGCUUGGGAAGAUGAAGGGGCUUGGGAAUGGGGUAGGGCUGUAUAUGAAAGGGGAGGAAGAGGAGGAGGAGGAGGAAGAGACGUGGGUGAAGGGGCUGUUGCACACAGGCAGCAGUGGGGGCGGCAGCAAUGAGUUGGCGUUUGAGUUGGUUCAAAAGUCCCCUAGGGAAGUGAGAAAGCAGCUGCACAGUGGCAGCAGUGGGGGCGGCAGCAGAGACGAGCCUUGUUUGGAUCCCUCUAGCUUUGGCCGCAGCUUCGGGUUCGGCCGAUCCUCCAGCACAAGCCAACCACAGCGCGAGGAGCAGGCACUAGCAGCCAAAAAGGCCCAGCUGGCCACGUUCAGCCGAUGUGUGAGGACAGGGCAUUGGGAAGGGGAGGCGAGGGGGAAGAGCAUCGGGAGGAGUGAGAGUGAGAGUGGGGAAGAGGUGCAAUGGGACAGAGGCAGGGGCGGGAGUGGUAGCGCGGGCGGGGGAGGGAGCGGAAGCAGGGGCACCAGCGGGGGCAGGGGCACCAGCGGGGGCAGGGGCAGGCACGGAAGCAGAGAGAAAAGGAAUCCUCGUGAGGUGAAACCACCUGGUGGUGGAUUCAAUAGAGCUGUAGACGGGUCUAGCAGCCGCCGUGCUGAUGGCACGGCCGAUGGUUACACCGAUACCACCAGUGGUUAUGCAGACGGCACAGGCGGUUACCACCUCGCACGCGAGCCGUCCCUCUUCUCCCCAGUAGCAGAGGACGAGGGCCAGGAGCCCCUCUCCUCCUCCACACUCUCCUCCGCGUCUUCCUCUGCAGCCUCCCUCUUCCUUCGCUCUAUGAGCUCUGGAAGAGCCGAGGACCUGCUAUUGCAGCAGUUUCACCGCCACCUCUCCCCUGAGGUUCGCCCCGGCACUGCUGGUGGCGCCUGGGGAAGCAGAAACCACGCUCGUGACGAUUCGGGUGGUGGAAAUCGGAGUUCCGGCGAUUGGGGUAGCAGUAGCGGUGGGAGCGGAGUCACAGGGAAGGGAAGGGACGGGGUGGAGGGACAAGGGGGAGAUGGGCGCAGAGGGGAGUUGGGGCGAGGAGGGGGUGGCGCGGUUGGGGGCGCAGAAGCAGCAGCAGGAUUACGAGGGGCGUUUGUGUCAGGGCGAGCACGCAGCAGCAGCUUCAGUGGCGCUGCUGGGGGUUUUGCAGGCCGAGGGGGGGGCGGAUGGGGGGGAGAGGACGACGAGGGAAGCACACCCGGGGGAGGUACUUCUGGGGGAGGUACACCUGCGGGGGGAACACCCAUGGGAGGUGGAUAUGGUAGCGGGACGAGCAGCGGUGCGGAAAGCACUGGGUCGGUGAUUGAAAGAGGUGGCGGUGGUGGUAGCAGUGGGAGAAGGAGAAGCGGGGGUUUGGGGAGCGGGGAUGGGGGGGAGGGCAGUGGGGGGCCAAGACUGACUGAGGCUCAGAAGCAGAGGUGGCAGGAGUAUCAGCAGCUGCUGCCUCCGCUGACGCUGCCGCCUGUGCUGGAACGCAGGCUGAAAAUGCAGGAGGCUGUUUUGAAGAGGCAGGAGGCUCUGCUGCUGGAAGAGCUGCAGCAGCAGAAGGCGCUGCAAGAGCAGAAGAGAGUUGAGGAGCAGCGGAAGCAGGUGGAGGAGGAAACUCAGCAGCAGCAGCAGCAGCAGCAGCAGCAGCAGCAGCAGGCGGAAAGACAGCAGGCUGCAGGAAAGCAGGAGGCGGAUUUGGUUUCACAGAAACAAGUAGAGCCACAAAAGGGACAGCAGAAUCUGCCAGAGGAGGGACAGCAACAGCAACAGCAACAGCAGCAGCAGCCACAGCUACAGCUGCCGCUACAGCCUCAUCCGCCCCAGAAACCAAGGCUGGAGCCGCAGCCCCCCCAGCAGCCGAGGAAGGAUCGUGACCGUCCGUUUGUGCGUCAGAGGAUCUGCCACUCGGACGAGUUCAUCCGGCUGCCAGCUGGCAUGACUGCCCGUGGGGGCGGCAGCCUUGUUGGCUUGUCCACGCGGGCGCACUGCCUGGCUGCUGCUGCCACGUCAGAAGAGUCUCCAGCGGGCGGCAGACUGAGCUUAGGAGACGGAGGAGGAGGAGAAGGAGGAGGGGAAGGCGACGGGGUAGGAGGAGGGGGGCGAUUGGGAGGAGGAGGGGACGAUGGAGGAUGGGGCAGAGGAAGGGGAGGAGGGGGAAAUGGAGGAGGGGGGCGGGUGGGAGGAGGGGGAGGAAGGGGCAGGGGAGGAAGGGGCAGGGGACGAGGUGGGGGAUGGGCGAGGGAGAUCCCUAUAUCCCUGUCCACAUCCGGCAUUCCUACACCAGUUAUGGACGCACAAUCAGACACAAUGACAGAUAGUAUUACAGAUGCUAUGACUCCCUCACUUUCUCCCAUCUGCACGCCCCCUCCAUACGCCCGCUCGCUCGUGUACGGCCGCUCCCCCCGCACGGCCUUUGACCGCUACCGCAUUCGCAGCCUGGGGGCCAUCGCGCCAGGGGGGCUUGUGGCUGGAUCCAUUGGGGCUGCAGUAGCAAGCUCUGAGGACGAGCAGGGAGGCGGGGCGAGCAGGCUGCGGGGAUCAGUGGGGCUCACAGCACCCUCGGGCCUCACCUGGGACGAGGAAAUCUCCCGGAAGCUGGCUCUGCGUGGGGUGCAGGUUCGGCCGACCAGCAGCAGCGUUUCAGCAGCAAGCCCCUCGUCUGCUGCUCACCAGCAGUCUGGGCGUGGGGCAGCAGGGGCAGCAGGGAGAGGUGGGGACAGAAGCUCCUCUGAAGGUGAUAAUCGUGCUGCUCCAACUGCUGCCUCUCCUACUGCUGCCUCUCCAGGUGCAAGGCUCGUGCUUGAUUCAGCAGCAGGCUCCUCUAGAUCCCUCCCCGGGCACAUAUCACCACCAUCACCUCCACCAUCGCCACCACCAACUGGCACAGCAGCAGUAUCAGGGUUAUCACCUGGGAGGUCCCUCCACCAUUCCCCAAGGUCACCUACACCAGUUAUCACCUACCCCGAUUUCAACGAGCUUUCUCUCGGCUUAUCAGAGACCAUUCCCCUCACGCCCUCCCUCUCUGCCAAGGGGUUUUCCCUGCCCGCCUCCCCUGCUGCUGCCGCCUUUGCUGCUGCCGUGGCUGAGGUUGACGCGUCCGGGUUCGCUGUACCGGAGCAGAUGCUGCGGGCAGAGAAGGGCGGGAAUGAGUUGGGAUCGGAGAAGGGCGGAGCAGGGGGGUCGUUCGCGUCUUGGCGCUCCGGGAGUGUUGCUAGCAGCGGGGGGAGUGUGAGCAGGGGCAAGGCAACUAAAAAGGUGAGCAGAUGUUGCGGGCAGAGAAGGGAGGGGAUGAGCUGGGGUUGGAGAAGGGAGGAGCAGGGGGGUCAUUUGCGUCGUGGCGCUCGGGGAGUGGUGCUAGCUAGCAGUGGGGGGAGCGUGAGCAGGGGCAAGUCAGCGAAAAGGGUUAGAUUAUUGUUUGAGACGUCGCAAACUUAUGGCUCUUGGGGGUAG